CCCUUUUAUAUUUUUCACAUUCAACCUUGCACACCCCUAUCGAUUACUUUGUAGACUUUCCCCAAGCACCUUUUUCAGAAAAGAAAAUCUGAAGAUAAGAAGAAAAAUAUGGCCGAUCAGCUUACCGACGACCAGAUCUCUGAGUUCAAGGAGGCUUUUAGCCUCUUUGACAAGGAUGGCGAUGGUUGCAUCACUACCAAGGAGCUGGGGACUGUGAUGCGAUCUCUUGGGCAGAACCCUACUGAGGCAGAACUCCAAGAUAUGAUUAAUGAAGUUGAUGCUGAUGGUAAUGGGACCAUUGAUUUUCCUGAAUUCCUCAACCUCAUGGCAAGGAAGAUGAAGGAUACUGACUCUGAGGAGGAACUUAAAGAGGCAUUCAGGGUGUUUGACAAGGACCAGAAUGGAUUCAUAUCUGCUGCUGAGCUUCGCCAUGUAAUGACAAAUCUUGGUGAGAAGCUUACAGACGAGGAAGUUGAUGAGAUGAUCCGUGAAGCCGAUGUUGACGGUGAUGGGCAGAUCAACUAUGAGGAGUUCGUUAAAGUCAUGAUGGCCAAGUAAGGACCUCUCCAACCAUAACCAAGAUCCAAAAAUGGGAAAAAAAGGAACAGGGCAGAUAAGUUUGCUAAGAUUUUUAUAUUUAUCAAUAGGACAUCUAUGUUUUUAUGUUACUAGCAUCUGCUGGGUGGUUGUCUGUUUCUUGUUUGCAUUGUUUUGUGGACUGGACCUUAGUAUCCUACUUGUUUGCUCUGUUUUUUGUUCAGUAGCCUGGGUUUUUAGUGUCUAUCCCUUACAUUUGGUGUUUCUUUCUAUUCUUGGUUCCAUGAACCUAGAACAAUUUGCAAGAUUCCUUGUUAUUACUUAUGGGUGACUAAAUUUUUACCAUAUUUCAAAA